AUGGAAGAAGAGAUGCCGCAGCUUCAUGUUAUGAUGGUCCCUUGGAUUUCAUACAGCCACAUAAGAGCCUUCUUAGAGCUUGCCAAGAAAUUGGGUUCUCACGGUCUCAAAGUUUCACUACUCUCGAGUCCCCAAAAUACGAGAUGGAUCAGGCAGCUACACCCCACCCCAGAAAUCCAACUCCUGGAGCUUCCACUGCCGUGCAUACAGGGGCUCCCUGCAGGCGUUGAAUCAACUGCAGAUCUGAAGCGAGGAGGCACAUUUCAUCUACUUCUGGAAGCCAUGGACGACUGGCAGAAGCCAUUCGAAGCUCUUUUGGAAAGAAUGUCACCGGAUUUUGUAAUCCACGAUAUGACACAAUACUGGGUUUCUCGCAGCGCCGCCAAACUGACCAUCCCCACCAUAUUUUUCGUCUGCACGUCUGCCACCGGUGGAGGUUUCCUUCUAGGCCAUGAAGCAGCCAUGGUAGAGAAGGGCACAACAGAUCCAGAUCUCACAGUCCCGCCGCCUGGUUUCCCCACAGCGCAUAUCCGCCUUUCAUCCUCUGAAGCACGGAAAAAUCUGCAAGUACACCAAAAGAAGGGCGGGCUUAUUACCAUGGCAGAACGGUGGAGCAUGUGUUCACAGGGCAGCUGGGCGAUAGCAGUCAAUACGUGCAUAGAAGUAGAAGGCAAAUACUUAGAUUAUUUACAAAGAACCACCGGCCGGCCUGUGCUUCCCGUGGGGUUGCAGAUGCCCGAUCUAAGUCCGCGACCGGCAGGUGACGGGUCCUUGGCCUGGCUGGAUCUGCAGCAGCCCCGUUCAGUUGUGGUGGUGUCUUUGGGCAGCGAAUGUAUUCUCACUACCCAAGAGAUCGCUGCUUUGGCGCUGGGCUUAGAGGAGAGUGAGGUUCCAUUUUUGUUUGUUCUUCUGCACCAUAAUAUUGCUGCUGCGUUGCCCCAGGGCUUUAUUGGGCGCACGCAAGGAAGAGGACUUUUGGUGACGGAGUGGGCACCUCAGUUGCACAUUCUCAGCCAUUCUUCUGCAGGAGCUUUUCUCAGUCACUGCGGGUGGAACUCUGUGACGGAAGGAUUGAGGUUUGGGGUGCCAAUUGUGACUCUUCCCAUGCAGCAUGAACAGGGCUUGAAUGCUAAGCUUGUAGCCCAGGAACUCAAGUUGGGAGUGGAGGUCAGGAGAAAUGAAGAGGAUGAUUCUUUUUCCAAGGAGGACGUCUGUAAAGCUGUUCGUAGAUUGAUGGUGGAAGAGGAAGGCAUGCAUAUCAGAUCUCAUGUUCAAGAGAUUCGUGAAGUCUUGACCAGCGAGGAUUGCCAAAUCUACCGAUCGAACAUCCACAACUUUGUUUCUUUAAUCAAGGAGAAAGCCCGCUGCAAACAACCUGCUUGA